AUGGAGUCCGAAGUGGGGACCGGUGUUGGGAGUGAACUUCGAGAUCUCUCAGAGAGAAUCUGGGAGAAUUUGGAAUUAGUUUGUGAACUUGGCGACAAACCAGCUGAAGGUCGGGCCUAUGGAAACCUCGGCAACACUCACUACCUCCUUGGCAACUUCCAAGAAGCCGCCGACUUUCAUAAAAAGCGACUGCAAAUCGCCAAAGAGUUUGGCGACCUGCGUGCCCAACGCCGAGCCUACAGCAACCUCGGCAAUGCGUACAUCUUUCUCGCGGAAUUUUCGGCUGCCGCACGCAGCUACAAGCACGCGUUGAACAUUGCGCGUCAACUGGGCGACAAGAUGCUGCAGGCGCAGGCGUGCUUUAGCCUGGGCAACAGUUGCACCCUCCUGCGCGACUACUCCGCAGCCGUGGUCUACUACCUGCGACACCUCCACGCCGCCUGGGAGGCCGGAGACAGGGUGGGCGAGGGCAGGGGUCACUGGUCGCUUGCCAACGUCUACGCAGCCCUCGGCGACUACCAGCGUGCCCUGCGAAGCAGCCUCCGCCACCGGAAGAUCUCGAAGGAGCUCAACGACGAGAUCGGCCUGUUGGCAGCCGACCUGAUGGUGUGCGAGUUGCGUCGCAUCAUCGCCGACAGCCAGGCCUCCUCCCACACCUCCACGCACAACCUCCAGGCGGCCGCGGAGGCGAGGGCUCUGGAACAGGUCCUUCUUUUCGACGCCGACAACGCCGCGCAGCACCAGGCCCUGACGGUCACUGGACACACCACCCCACCCCCCGCGGUCGCCGCCGCCGCCACCACCACCCAACCUGCGGACGAAGACGCGUCGGUGGAGGAGCUGAGCGAGAGGGAGCUGGAUGCGGAGUUGUCGAUCGCCACGAGUGCUGCGCUGCAAGUGCGCAGACAGUUCAACUCGGGCAGCGAGGAGGGCGGCAGUGGGGCGGAGCUCUUGUCUCUCGGCGAGGACAACGAUUUCAUUGUGGUCUCAACUGGCGACGGGGAGGAACACCCGAGUGACGCAGCCAUGGUGCCAGGGGAGACGUCUCACCAACAGGGCAGCCAAUCAAAUCACACUGCCGACCCGACGAACUCCGCCGACUCCAGCGAGUUGCUCUUUGACCUCCUCUUCAAGUCGCAGGCCCAUCGUAUGAACGACCAGCGCUGCGACCUUAAUGCCGUCGCGACAAACAGCAAUAAUGACAACGGCAACAACGCCGCUGCCGCGUCAGGCGAUUCAGUGAACGGGGAAAACGACUCCUUCGCAGAUCUUCUCAUCAGUUUACAGGGUGCACGAAUGAACGACCAGCGGGCGGAUUUUCCGGGUCUGAUUAGAACGAACCCCACGUCGAGCCCCACCACAAGACAUCCUCCGACGUCUGCGGCAACAACAACAACCUCGUCCUCCACAGCUGUUCGCAGUCCCAGAACCAACAGGGUUGGGGAGAACGCCGGCAGCAGCAGCAACAACAACGCCAUCGGUCCCGUCUCACGAAUUCGCAGCGCAAGCGAUGGCCUGGCGGAACCAGCCCCUCCUUCGGCGGGCGACGAACUGGACCCUGGGGAAGACUUCUUCGACAUGAUUCUCUUCCUUCAGCAAAAAACCCGUAUCAACGACCAGCGCACACUCCUCGCUCCGCCCAGACCACAGAUGCACUGCAAUCGUGACGGUGAUAGCCAGAGCGACACCAACAGCGUUCCGACACAGACCAACGCCUCUUCGGGGCGACACACUCCACACCGCCUCCUUCGUGUCUUGUCGGUGCCCGGAGGGAAACGGCGCAGAGGUGCCGGCGGAGGAAACAGCUCCAAGGCCGCGGCGUGA